AUGGACAACAACACCAACCAAACAGUGAGCAAAUGUAAACCGCAAGCCCAGCACGUCUCCAUUCCGGUUCUCCUUUGCAUUGUCUACUUGAUAGGCCUUUUUCUCAAUGGAUUCAGCUUAUGGGUCUUCAGUUGCCGGAUCCCUCGCUGGAGCUGCGGCAUCAUACUACAGUUCAAUUUGGCGGUCAGCGAUGCCAUUGCUGCCCCUGUCACUCCAAUGUUGGCACAUUACUUUGCCAUGGACAGCACGUGGACACUCGGGACAUUUCCAUGUCAGCUCAAGAUGGGCCUACUCAGCGCACACUUUUACGGCAGCACUGUAUUUCUUACUCUCAUUAGCAUUCAGCGAUACAUGGCCGUUGUUCACUUUAACCGGGAUUCAUGUAUGAAACGCAAGAGCUUCGUUAAAAAGUUGUGCAUUGGAAUUUGGACGUUUUUGUUUGUGAAGGCCUGUGUAUACGGCUACCUUCUUCCCGUAAGUUCUGACGGAGAACACAUGCACUGUCUUUCCAUAUAUCAGAAAGACCACACGACAUUGUUGUACGUCAUUAAUUUUGUCUUGUUUGUGUUUGGGUUCAUUUUGCCUUUCACCGUGUCGUUGGUUUGCUACACUCGCCUAGCAAGAUCGGUGGGGCGUAUAAACAUCAACUCGGAAAGGGGCCAGUUAAUUAAGGCGAGAUCGAUGCGUAUGAUAAGCGUAUGUCUGGUCAUAUUUGCGUUGUGCUUUAUACCGCUCAACGUUGUACGGACCUUAGGGGUAGUGGUUGUAAGGCACCGACCAGGGGAGUGUCAGCUCCUUGCACGACUGGAAACUGCAUAUUAUUCGUCGUACAUUUUGGGAGGGAUCAACUGUUGUUUGGAUCCUCUGAUUUAUUUCUUUGGUUCAAACAAUUUCAACAGGGUGUUCAGACAAUCCAUAAGGCUUUUAAGAGUUCAGGAGAAAACUGAAAACCAAAGUGAAUCGGAAACGGCAAGCCGCAAAAUUAAUAGAAACGCCAUUAGCACAGACACUAUAUGA